AUGGAGGAGGGAAAAAAGCUGACUUCGAGGCCUGGAAAUGGAGAGCCCGUGUAUCAAGACUGCCUUAGAGCCCUAGAUGAAUUUGACACUUUCGAAGACGAUGAAGAUGAGUCUAGCACUGCCGCUUUUCUGGGCAUCGGCAAAAGGGCAAGUUACAUAGCGCUGUAUGGAGAAGACCCGCUUGGGCAAGAGGGAAUAUAUCAACUUCCCGUAGUGAAAACAAAUGGACCUUGCUCCAUCGCUGUAGCACAAACGAUAUACACCAGGCAUUUAUUCCAUUCGGAAUACUGGUCGGUGUUGCAGGGAAAAGCAAAUGGUGUUGUAGAACUCUGCGCCAAGACGCAAGGGAUUGGAGGAUGGCACGAAACGGUAAUGGUGAAAAGGCUCCGUUGGUUGCACACGUUUAUCAUAAUGAGUUCAAGUUCUGAAGAAUGCUCGGAAUACAAAUGGCAUGUGCGACCGACGCCGAAGGUAGCGCUGUAUGCGAGAACGCCGGGGACGAAUCGGAACCACCUACCAAGAAUCCAACAACCGGAGGAGGCGACUGGGAUGCUGAAGGCCGGGGCGAUGCGGGACAAGGCACAUCCGCUGACCCUCAAUCUCCCGCCAGACAACAUUGCAAUGAACGCUGUACUGAACCCGAUGACUACGAUUACGCCAAUGGCUGCAUCUGCCUCCAUGCAAAAUUGCAAUUACGUUCCCCCAGCCUGUUGCCUCUCAGGCAAUGGGAUCGUGUUCGAAGACCCAUCAGAAAAGCUUGCUAUGACAGUACAAUUGCCGAAUACGAGUGUUUGCUGCCAUGAGACGACGGAAAAGUGGAGAAAUUCGAGUACUGCGAGAGAUUCUGCGGUAGAGGAUCCGGCGUGUCCCGUUGCGAUUGUGCAGGGCGUGACCAAUACUUGA